AUGAAGGGUUUGCGCUUUGGGAUCGUCGCUGCUGGUGCCUUCUUGACUGGCACACACGCUGGCGUGUCUCCUAUUGCAAAAGAGUUCGAGGAGUUCGUCACCAAAUUUGAGAAGACUUACUCGACGGCCGCCGAGAAGGCGGCCCGCUUCGCCACUUUCGCCAAGAAUUUCGCCCGCAUCGAGGCACAUAACGCCGAGGACAAGUCUUUCAAGUUGGGCAUCAACGAGUUUGCCGACAUGGAGCCAGAGGAAUUUGCUGCCAGUCACUUCGGCUUGAAGGAAGCGAGCCGGCCGUGGUCAGGCUUGCCGUACCUCGGCAGGGAUCCGUACAGCGGCUCCGCCUUGCCCUCUGCAGUGGACUGGGUGAGCAAGGGUGCCGUGACUGAUCCGAAGAAUCAGGGAAAAUGUGGCUCAUGCUGGUCCUUCUCCACGACGGGGGCUUUGGAAGGUGCGUGGCAAAUCGCCACGGGCAAGCUUGUGUCUUUGAGUGAGCAGCAGCUGGUGGACUGUGCAAAGAAUGGCAACAUGGGAUGCAAAGGUGGCUCCAUGGAUCUGGCCUUUGAGUACUUGGAGAAGUACGAUGUCUGUACGGAGGACAGCUAUCCGUACAAGGCCAAGCAGGGAACCUGCAAGGAGACGAAUUGCACAGUUGCCGUGCCGAAGGGCUCUAUUGUCGGCUUCAAGGAUGUCACCUCCCAGGAUACAAACGCCCUGAUGGAAGCAGUGUCCGAGCAGCCCGUGUCUGUUGCCAUCGAAGCCGACCAGAUGGCUUUCCAGCUCUACACCGGCGGAAUCUUGACGAAGAAGUGCGGCAAGAAGUUGGACCACGGCGUGCUGGUGGUGGGCUAUGGCACCGAGAAUGGCGUGGACUACUGGAAGGUUAAGAAUUCCUGGGGCGCAAACUGGGGAGAGUCUGGCUUUAUCCGAAUGGAGCGCGGGGUGCCGAAAGACGGUGAGUGCGGCAUCAAGGAUCAGCCGUCCUACCCCAUCGUCAAGGCCAAGGAAACCACCGUUGUGGUUUGA